GCCCCCGAGCGCCGGCUCGGCCGGGCGGAGGCGAGAGCCUCUCAGUUGCUCUGUGCGGCUCGAGCGAGGCAGUCGCACGCGCAACAGCCGCUCUUCGUCGCCGCCUUGCCCGGGCCUCCCUGGGAGGACCAUGCCGAUCCUGCUCUUCCUCAUCGACACGUCCGCCUCCAUGAACCAGCGGGCCUACCUGGGCACCAGCUACCUGGACGUGGCCAAGGGCGCCGUCGAGCUGUUCAUGAAGCUGCGCGCCCGCGACCCGGCCAGCCGCGGCGACAGGUACAUGCUGGUCACUUUCGACGAGGCGCCCUAUUGCAUCAAGGCUGGCUGGAAGGAGAACCAUGCCACUUUUAUGAAUGAACUGAAAAAUCUGCAAGCGUCGGGACUGACCACGCUCGGGCAGGCCCUCCGAUCUUCGUUUGAUUUGCUCAACCUCAACCGAUUGGUGUCUGGAAUAGACAACUAUGGACAGGGAAGGAACCCGUUCUUUUUAGAGCCCUCGAUUUUAAUCACCAUCACGGAUGGAAACAAGUUGACAAAUACGGCCGGCGUGCAGGAGGAGCUCCACCUUCCUCUGAAUUCUCCCCUGCCUGGAAGUGAGUUAACCAAAGAGCCGUUUCGCUGGGACCAGAGGCUGUUUGCCCUCGUGCUGCGCUUACCCGGAGCCUCUUCGGUGGAGCCCGAACAGCUAGGAAGCGUCCCGACAGACGAGUCUGCCAUUACACAGAUGUGUGAAGUCACAGGAGGACGUUCCUAUUGCGUUCGGACGCAGCGGAUGCUGAACCAGUGUUUAGAAUCUCUCGCUCAGAAAGUCCAGAGCGGGGUCGUCAUCAACUUUGAGAAAUCGGGUCCCGAUCCACCCUACAUUGGGGAAGAUGGACUUGUCGAUGUCACCAGGCCUAUCAAUUCUUUUGGUUCUCAGCCAUGGCACAGCUGCCACAAGCUCAUCUACGUGAGGCCUAAUCCGAAAACGGGUGUUCCUGUCGGGCACUGGCCAAUUCCAGAAUCCUUUUGGCCCGAUCAGAAUUCGCCAACAUUGCCUCCCCGGACUGCCCACCCUGUUGUGAGGUUCUCCUGCAUGGAUUGCGAGCCCAUGGUGAUCGACAAGCUCCCCUUUGACAAGUACGAGCUCGAACCGUCGCCUCUCACGCAGUACAUCUUGGAGCGGAAGUCGCCCGGGGUGUGCUGGCAGGUGUUUGUGAGCACCAGCGGCAAGUACAGCGAGCUGGGCCACCCCUUCGGAUACCUGAAAGCCAGCACCACCCUGACGUGCGUCAAUCUCUUUGUCAUGCCCUACAACUACCCCGUCCUCCUCCCCCUGCUAGACGACUUUUUCAAGGUUCACAAGCUGAAACCCAAUCCGAAGUGGCGGCAAUCUUUGGACAACUACUUGAAAACUAUGCCUCCGUACUACUUGCUGCCGUUAAAGAAAGCCCUAAGGAUGAUGGGAGUUCCGAAUCUGAUCUCGGAUAAUUUAGAUUACGGACUUAGCUACAGUGUGAUCUCGUACCUGAAGAAACUCAGCCAGCAGACGAAAAUUGAGUCGGAGAGGAUCAUUGGGUCCGUGGGCAAGAAAGCGCCCCAGGAGACGGGCAUUAAAGUCAAGAACCACGCCAGCGGCCUCUCGCCAAUCCAGAACCGGGAUUUCAAACAGCUGCUGCGAGGGAUCUCGGGGGAAUCGCCGCUCAGGCUGUCAGAAACGAGCGCCAAGGAAUUUGCCGGCUUCCACAUAGGGCUCUUCAACAAGGAUCUGAAGCCGCAGGCUUACAGGAACGCUUACGAUAUUCCUCGCCGCAGCCUUUUAGACCAGCUGACUCGCAUGAGGACGAACCUGCUGAAAACACAUAAGCUCAUUCUGGGCCAAGACGAAGACUGCCUUCAUAGUGUUCCUGUGGCUCAAAUGGGGAACUACCAGGAAUACCUGAAGAUGAUGCCCGCUCCACUACGAGAAAUUGACCCAGACCAGCCCAAAAGACUCCAUACUUUUGGGAACCCUUUUAAGCAGGAUAAGAAGGGCAUGAUGAUCGACGAAGCGGACGAGUUUGUCGCUGGUCCCCAGAACAAAGUCAAGCGCCCAGGAGAGCCCAACACGCCGGCUUCUCUGAAAAGGAGGCGCAGCUUGUCUCCGCUGCUGAGACGGCCCCAGUCCCCCCCGGCGAUAGCCAACCACGUCAGUGGGAAGGGCCCCCCUUCUGCUUCAGGAGCCCCAGCGAACCCCACCCUCAAAGCCAUGCCAGCUCUCAAUGAUCCAAACAGCAACGUGGUCCCGGAUAGCAACGCCGAGAAGAAAGCAGAGCACUUCCAGUCCCCGGACAGGCAGGGAGAUGGGCUGCCUGUGCCGGCAAUGGCCUUGAUCCCCCCGCCCCCGGCCGCCCUGGCGGACGAUGACCUGCCCGGCGAGGAGGUGGACUCCCUGCCCUGCGAGCUGAAUUGCCUCGGGGAAGACGGGUUAGAUCUCCGGCCUGUUGCCGGCUCCCUGCUUCGCCGGCCUGUCAGCUACAGCGUGUCUUCAGGGGACGCCAAACUCCUGCCCGGAUCCGCACCCGGGGCCGCGCCCCACGCGGUGAAGCUCACGCCCAGCAUGUUUGAAGGGAGCAACGAAGUGAUCAAAAUCAAAGUGAUGAAGGAGGUCCGCAAGCCCGGGAGAAAUUUCGAGAAGAUUUUCUCUCUCCUCGAAGAAGUUCAAGGCCCUGUUGAAAUUCAGAAAUAUUUCAUUGAGUUUGCCAUCAAGGAAGCAGCAAGGUUUAAAAAGCGGGUGUUAAUCCAGCACUUGGAGAGAAUACUCGAGGAAAUAGACUUUGCCAGCCUGCACCACAGAGUUAAUCAUGUUAACAGUAGAUAAUAGCGCCCCAGCGAGACGAGAGCAAGUUUGCUACGUGGAAGAGGACGCGGCAGCGGGGGCUGCUUUUCUGCUGGAGUCCGAGAAGAAGGGUGGCGUUUUGACCUUUGCAAGCCUCUCUCGAUGGAAACCGGGCUGUGACCUCGAAGGACUUGCUGCAAGGGGGGCCUGGCGUCCCCGCAUUGAAGGGCCUGAUUCUGCUCAAGGGGCUAAAGGGAAAAACACUCCGUGCUGCCCUCGGCCGCAGGUGAUAAGAAUUUACUCCUUUACGCUUUUUAAAGAGCUGCUUUAGGCGACAGGUCGGAUCUGGCCAAAGAGAAAGGCAUAGACGUUUGAUCUGCAUUUGUUCGGAGAGAGUCUUGGUUCAGAAAGGGGGUAAAAGAGAGAGAGAGAGAAAUCAAUCCCUUCGUGACGGCAGCGCGCAUUGCUGCUGCUACAGACACGGAGGCAGAACCUCCGGGGAACCGGUAGCCGACCCGGGCGCGAGUUUUCAGGGUGACGUUGCAUUUGAGAAUAAAGAAACUGUUGAAACUGGGUUGAGGAAAAGCAACCUGCCUCAGCCUCUCUUCUCUUUUGUCUGCAGACUUUAUGAAAAGCGCGUGGCAUUCAUCUUCUCUUUCAUCUUGUGAAGAGGACGGAGUCUCUUCACGUGGACUUUGACCUCAGAAACGCUUAGAAGGGAUCUUUGUUUUUUUUUUAAAAAAACGAAACGAAAUACCCCCCAAAUAUUAUGUGUGUGUGUGUGUGUGUGUUCUACUUUUUAAACGUUCACACGAAAA